ACCAUGCAAUGCAUCGGAUGUGUUGAGGGAUUUAGCAGGGGCUGCAGCAGCACUUGCUAGUAAGCAGCAACGCUCACUGGAACUCUGUGAACUGCCUCAUUCAUUGUUGGCUGCAGUUGAAGAAUCUUCUUUGCGACAGGCACUCAGCAAUCUUAUAGAAGGUGCUCUUCUGCGCACACGUGUUGGUGGCAAAGUUGAAAUAUAUGGACUUACAACACCAGCUGGUGGAGUUCUUAUUGUGAUUGAUGAUAAUGGACCUGAUAUGCAUUACAUGACGCAGAUGCAUACUCUAGCGCCAUUUGGUACUGAUCUGCUUUCGAGUGGAAGGGUGGAGGACAACAUGACAUGGAAUUUUGUUGCAGGUCUUGCAGUUGCUCGUGAAAUUCUUGAGAGUUAUGGCUGUGUGAUACGCGUUCUAAGUCCUCGAAAGCUGGAUGCCGCGCUUGGUACAGGUGGGACACGCAUUGAACUGUGGUUGCCUGAUAUAAACUUUGUUUGAGAUAAUCUCCCAAAGAGGGGGAGCACAUGCCAGAUAACUAGUUUUAUUUUCCAAGUUGUUUGACCUUCACACAUGUAAAUUUCACAGGUAAUGUUUUUCAUGGGGCAAUCCACCUUAUACCAUCUGUAUUUUGAUUUACCCAGCUGUGUUGUGAAUUUAUUAAGCUCGUUGGAUUGUCAA